AUGAACGUAUCCAACACUGUCGGGAGCGCCUCGUCCCUCCUACGACACCCUCCUUCCACCUCCGUAUCUGGAUCACUCUCGAUGUCGAACACGCAAUCGCAGUCUCACCUACAUUCGCGCAUCGCCAGCAAACGAGCGGAGCUCGAGAACCUGCGGCAACUGCGCGACCUCAGUGCGGACCUAGCCACGCAACUCGCUGCCCUGGAGGCAAAGCUUGGGACACUGCGGGACGGCACGCAGAGCGUUGCCCUCGUGCUUGCGAACUGGGAAAAUGUCUUGCGCGCGAUAUCUAUGGCUGCUGUCAAAGUGCCGAGACCGACCGGAGACGAGCAGGUUGAGGGAGAACGCACGACGAAUGAUGGCAAGUUGGGAUCCAGGGAGAAGAAUACCGCGCCAGAACAAGAACUGCCCGUUCCACUUGUGAGGAUACCGAUACCACAAAAGACAGAGGAUGGCGGGUGA